AUAUGUGAACUCAAUUUCUACAGUCCUAUCCUGACGGUCAAGACGAACAGAAAACGAUUGGCUGUUGUCCUUAAGGAUCAGCUCUUUGUGUAUGAUAUCAUUAACAUGAAGUUGCUGCAUACAAUGGACAUUAUACCAGAUCCAUUGGGUACCCAUAAAAUAUGAUAUUUACCCUCAACCCACGAUUGGGUUAGCUGUUUUUACUCUAUCUUCUUUGACAGAGUAUCGUUGUUUAGCAUGACAGCCAUUACAUCCUUCUAGUGAGUACACAACAAAUGGCAGUGGAGAUCUUGAGGUGUAUAAUACGAAAACCAUGUCAUUGGUCAAUAAAGUACAGGCGCAUAAGUUUCUUAUUGUUUUUUUUUGCCACGAACGCAGAAGGAAGCAGCAUUGUCAUUGCCAGUGAAAAAGUAACAUCCUCCUAUCAUAGACGCAUGUCAUUAAUCUAAAUCCAUAUGGAUCAAUGAACCA